AUGACUGCCCCAUUAUCGGCCAGGUUUAAGCCGCCUCCCUUCGACCGAUAUGAUGGGACCACUAACUCGAUGGAUCCCAUUAAUUACUUCAACGUGAUGAUGACCAUGUACGGGGGGACCGAAGUUGUCUCUUGUCGAGCCUUCCCUUCAUCUCUCAAGGGUGCGGUGACCUCGUGGUUCUCGUGGCUGCCGCCAAACUCCAUUACAAGCUUUGCGCAGCUCUACCAAGCCUUUGUCACGCGUUUUCAGAGUAGCAUGAAGCACAAGAAGAUGACGGUCAAUCUCCUCAGCGUGAAGCAAAGGCCUGAUGAGUCGAUCCAAGUAUUCAUCUCCCGAUUUAAUAAAGAAUCCUUAGACAUCAAGGAUUUGGAUGAGGCUACGGUGCACACGGCGAUGAGAAACGGACUCAGAGAUAUGGACUUCAUCAAGGACUUGGCCCGGAAGCCAACCAAAAACAUGGUCGAGCUCUUGGAAAGGUGUAAUGAGUUUGCAAACAUGGCGGAGGUGCACCAAGCAGGGAAGACGAGUAAAAGUAAGACAGAGAAGAAAAGGUCAACAACCGGUGACCGAAAAGAUGAGAAGCAAACUAGGAUUGACCGUCGAGCCGAAAGGUCAGACCGAGCUCAGAGUCCCAAGUACACCCUCUUGAACACGUCGCGGAAGGAGAUCUUGAUGCAAAUUCAAGAUGAUGGAUACAUCCGCUGA